GAGCGUCUGCGCCUUCGUCACAGAGCAGCUCCCGAGUGAGAGGAAGGGACCUGAGAAGAGAGAGGGAGCGAGCGAUGGCAUAAGAGAGAGCUUAAUUCACUAUGGAUAACUCACUGACUGUGGACUGAUGUCUUCGCCACCUGGGGAUUUGUACAGCAUAUCUUUAAGAGUCCAACCAUUUGACAAUGAAUGUGAGGUCAUGCAAUAUGAGCCACCGGACAACAAGUACUCCUCACAGGCCUGGUAUGGUCAAUGGACAGCAGAUCCCACCUAUCAGAGUUCAUGCAGGAACUCCUUGCUCUUCAUCCAGUAGUAGCACCCCAAGCCCAGCUAUUGGAAACCUAUCUACAAACUCACAUUUAAAGAAAACUCUUGGAGGAGGUGUCACUCCUCAGAGCAAUGUUACCAAUAGCAAUAUUUACUUCCCUGCACUAAGUCCCAGGAGACCAAUGGUUACAAAUGGGAAGCCUUUAUUUCAAGUCCCACAACUUCCAGGGCUGCCGGCACCACAGUAUUUGAAGCCAAAGCAGCAAGACUAUGGAGACAGUUUAAUGACAAGCACAGUUACAGGGGGUCUUGCCUUUGGGCCUCGGUGCAAGUCCAUUGAAAAAAGCAGCUGCAACAAUUUAAUAGUCACCAACAGCCCAAUGAUGGUUCAGCGACUGGGACCUCUGUCUCCUCCUGCGCAACAGGUCUCAACAGCAUGCAACCAAAUCAGCCCUAGCUUACAGAGAACUAUGAAUGCUGCCAACCUGAAUUUACCUCCAUCUGAUACAAGAUCCCUUAUGUCACGAGAAUCUUUGGCAUCCACAACCCUGAGCCUGUCAGAAAGUCAGUCAAUACAUAGUGUCAAGCAAGAGUGGUUUCACGGCUACAGGAUUUUUCCUUCUCUUCCUUCUAACCAAGGCUCGCAAAAUGGCAGUGAGCUAGGGGACAUCACAACUGUCACAUCUGGGAUGUCCAUGUCCAACAACGUAUCUAGCUCAUUGCCAGCUUACUUGUUUGGUGUGGAAAACAACUAUUCACCUUAUUCUAGUCCUCACCAUUCUUCAGCCAGGUCUCAUUCAGCCAAAAAGAGGGCCCUGUCCCUGUCCCCUUUAUCUGAUGGAAUUGGGAUCGACUUCAAUACAAUCAUCCGUACAUCCCCCACUUCUCUUGUCGCUUACAUAAAUGGGUCCAGAACAUCUCCAUCAAACAUCUCCCCUCAAUCUGAGGUCUAUGGACAUUUCUUGGGAAUAAGAGGAAGUUGUAUUCCCCAGACUUGCUCUAUUCCCAAUCCUCAAAAAAGGCUUCUUGUGGCUAAUGGCAAUGUUGCCCUUCCAGGUUACAGUGAAAGUGGAAAUGCUGAAUACCAGCGCAUGCAACAAUUGGAGCAAAACAGCCUACAGACAGCAGUUACAAACAACAUGGUGGUUCAACAAGGUAUAUCUCUAGCAGAUGGCCAAUCUGUGGGCAUUUUAAAAUGUGGGCGUGUGGAUGAUGUCUCUGGGAAUGCAACUGACAUGCCAUCUACUUCUCCACUGGCUUCCCUUGUUCUUCCUGCACCACAUGGUCCACCACCCCCAUACCAUGCGCAUCAGCAUGACCUGAUAAACCAUUCCCACCAGCUUCCCUUAGCACCAUCUGUCCAAGGCCCUCUCUUAGAUGAGGAUGGUGAACUGGAUGAGUUUAAUGGCAAGCACUUCUGUCGCUGGAUAGACUGCAGUGCUACUUAUGACCAGCAAGAAGAUCUUGUGCGGCACAUAGAAAAAAUUCACAUAGACCAGAGGAAAGGAGAAGAUUUCACUUGUUUCUGGGCUGGGUGCCCCCGAAGAUACAAGCCAUUUAAUGCCCGUUAUAAACUGCUGAUUCACAUGAGAGUGCAUUCAGGGGAGAAGCCAAACAAAUGUACGUUUGAAGGCUGCAAGAAGGCCUUUUCUAGACUAGAAAAUCUCAAGAUUCACUUAAGGAGCCACACUGGAGAAAAGCCUUACCUUUGCCAGCAUCCAGGCUGUCAGAAAGCAUUCAGUAAUUCCAGCGACCGAGCCAAGCACCAGAGGACACACCUGGACACUAAACCUUAUGCUUGCCAGAUUCCUGGAUGCUCCAAACGUUACACAGAUCCUAGUUCUCUAAGGAAACAUGUCAAGGCCCACUCUUCCAAAGAUCAGCAGGCCAGGAAAAAGUUGCGUUCAAGUACAGAGCUUGACCAAGACAUUCUCAAUGACUGUCUCACUAUUCAUCCUCUCCAGCCACCUUCAUCUCCACAUGAUGCUUUGGACAGCACUGUCAGACAAUCACCAGGACCUGUCCAUGACAUUUACACAGCUGCACUGUUCUCGAAUACUCACUCAAGUCGAAAUGGAACUGCUACGGGCUCUGGGCCCCCAUCACACUCUAUGAGCCUCACUUCACCGGGGCACAACAUGCAUGGCAGCCCACACAACCCACCAAACCAAGUGCCCCCUCUUAGAAUAGGGGACUCAGGAACUGAGAGAUUUUCAGCUUCUGCUUCUUUUUCUCCUGAUCAUAUGAGCCCCAGCAGAAUUCCUGCUCCACCUCCUUUGAUGCAAAAAAGGAUGUCACAGCCUUUCAAUAUCCAGCAACUUGGAGGAACCCAUUUCAAAGCAUAUGAGUCAUUAACAAACCCAUCUUUUCAGCCAAACAGCAUCCAAAUCCAAGGUGUUUAUGGGCAGCUGCAAACAUUCUGUUCCCCACAUUAUGCUGACAACCAGAGAAAUAUACAACAUGGUGGAACUUGCAAUAUGAUCCCUCCUUUCGAAGACUGCCUUGUACCCACAUCUGUGGGUCAGGCAGGUUUUGAUGUUUUCCACAGAGCAUUUUCAGCACAUUCUGGCAUUACAGUUUAUGAUCUUCCAUCAGGCUCUACAGGGAUCUUUGGUGAUUCAUUGCACAAUGGGACUGAGGACUCAAGUUUCCUGCAAAUAAAUGCUGUAGAUCGUUGCCCUAGUCAACUUUCUUCAGUUUAUACUGAAGGCUGAAGAAGAAGAUGACGACACUCCUGCAUCUAAUUCCAAUCAGUACCACUCUGUUAUAGAUAAACUUUUAUUGGUCAGGACAAGUGCUAAAGGUAUUGCUCAAGAAAGGAAGAAAAUACUGUUAGAAAGUACGCACCUUCACAGAUGCAGCUAAUAAAUAUAAGGGGCUUGGGUGGGGAAAAGCUGGUUAAAACUUGCCAAAGUGUGAACAGUUGCUUCUUUAAUUCAGCCUUUUCUGUGGCAAAACCUCAUCUCAAAGGGAAUGACUAAGAAAACUACUGCUUUAUAUGUUUUAAUAUGAAAUGUUGGAAUUUUCACAACAGUUUGUAGAAAUCCUCUACAGGAACUCUGUAGAAAUUCGCAAUUUUUUUUAAAGCAAAAGGAUAAUGAGCCUGUUUGGUGCUUUAGAAGAGCCUAAGCAUGCAAUCUCACAGGAAAGGGGGACUAAGAGGAAAGAGAUUUUUCAGACUUGCCAUAGCACCAGUUGGAGGUGGUGGUAGCAACAUUUUGGAAUCGGGGAACAAUGGUUCCCUUUUUAACAACACAAAUACAGUUGUCUAUGGAUUCUUAGCAGUAAUGCAUUGGAGAGAAUUGAUCCUACUUGAUAUUGAAUAAUGCUUUAUAAUUUAACUAAUAUUUAUAUUCCAUGUGUAGAAUUCUGUAUAGAGAGUUUAAAAGCCCAACACAAACAUUUAGAAUUAAUUUUCCCUAUUAAUGUUUGCAAAUACUUCAAGCCAUUUCCAGCAGACUUCACUGGGUCUUGAUGUUCAUACAAGGAAGGGAAGGGUGUUCAGUACUGCUGCCAGAAAAGUUAAAGCGCUCAACAUUACCCUGCUGUAUCCCACAUGCAAGCUUUAUCUGCAAACUACAUGUGAUGUGGGUGAGCUUCCAGUAUCCUUUUUUUAGCCUUAAAAUGAGAUGCAGGUGGCUGGGGUAAUUGCAAUUGGUGAUGUGGUGCUAGGAGAAGAGUGCUCACCUCCUUUCCCCACUCUGUCUCCAAAGAUAAUCCACCCCCCAUCUCCUGCUGCUAUUAGCCAUGCAAGGGGAAAAAAUAAGUACAGUGAAGAUACCUUUCUUUUCACCCCAUCCCAGCUAACAGCAGCCUCAGGGAAGGAAGGAUUCCAUAGAAGAAAUGCAAAAUGGGGCAAAGUUAGACACACACACCCAGGUCUCCCAACAUUGUAGUCCUGGCCCACAUUGCCCCCUCCAUUUGUUCACCAAUUUCUUGUGUCAUGUGUUCAGGCCGUAGCAUAUUCUGUGAUAGUGUCUCUGUAAGGCAUCCCCUUCAUGGCUUUGUCCCUCAUAUAUUCUGUAGGAUUCUCCAGAUAUAGCUAUUAUUCUGUCUGUUAAUAUUUAACAUGCUGUAAAUAUAGUAGGUUAGUAUUUACAUCGUUCUUAAAUCUAUGACUUUACUUCUUUCUUACUUUCCUAAAAAUGGCAUGCAAGGUGUUAAAUCCAUCCCCAAAAUAAAUCAUAUUGCUGAUCUUCUUUCUUGUAUAGUUGUAAGCAAGUGUGGCCAGUAGAAAAUGAAUGUUUAGAGUCAAGAUAUGGCCUUUGUCAUAGUUACAUUAUUAUAUAAUUAAAAUGGCAGCUUUCUUUGUGCAGUAUGUAUUGCAGGCCAUUCAUUUGUAUUGCGGCCAAAACAUUUCAGCAAUUUCUAAAUGUGCGUAUUUCUUGUUAAUAGCAUGUUACCACAGAGGAACAAAUGUGAUGAUGCCAAAAGCCAAAGGAAUUAAUGCACUCAAAAUUUAGUGAGGAUAAAUAGAAGAGUUUUUUAAAUCUCUUCUAUUUAUCCUCACUAAGCAAACCUCCAAAAACUAAACCGUUAGUCUGAAAAAUCAAUAAUUUAAACCAAUCAACUCUGUACAUUUAUGGAUGUGCUGCAUUCACAUAUUAAAACUAUUUUCAGGCACCCCAAGAUCUGUGAGUGAACUUGACAUGAUAGAAGAUAGAGGGAUGCACUUGCUGAAGUGUGGAAGUUAUAUAGCUUACAGUGGGAGACCAAUGAGUUGGCAGUGGUAAAAAAAACCUUCAGUCAGGUUAAUAUAUGGAAAUGGAUUGCCUUCAAGUCAAUCCUCACCUAUGGCGACCCUUUGAAUUGGGUUUUCAUGGUAAACGGUAUUCAGAGGUGGCUUCACCAUUGCCUUCCUCUGAGGCUGAGAGGCAGUGACUGGCCCAAGGUCACCCAGUGAGCUUCAUCGCUGUGUGGAGAUUCGAACCCUGGUCUACUACAGGCCGUAGUCCAACACUCUAACCACUACACCACACUGGCUCUCAAGUUCAUAUGUGCAGCCUAUUAAAAACGAACAGCUUUGAUAGUGCCAGAUACUUCCUUUUUGAGGGCUGGAGAAUGGAUUCCUGGCUCCUUUUUCCUCAGUCCUCUAUGAUGAGUUCUGCAAAGCUGGCCAUAUCAGCCAUCUAAUCAACAUAGUAAAUAGACACAAGCAGAUCCUUGUAUGCAGCAGCACACAUACCACCUAGUGUUGCACAGAUUAAAGCAUUUGAAUUUGGGUUUAACAUCUUAAAAAAUAAGGUGAGGUUCUAUUUAUUUUGUUAUGAAGUAGAAUCUGGAAAAUUCUGUAAAGUUCUCAAAUGAUUAUGCUUGAUAGCUUAAAAAUAGAUGAUAAUUAUACCAUGGAAUUUAUGGAUCCAGGAAAGAACAGCUGUGGACAGACAGAAGCCAAAUUCAUACCUAGCUCAUUAUGCUGAAACUUUACAAGGCAUGUUUUGAUUUAUUAGAGCUAAGGACUUGAAAAAAUAUUUUUCAAAAAGACAUGUCAUGUUGCCAUGGCAUCUGUGACACGUACAAACAUGGGCUCAUUUUCACUGAAAUGGGUCUAAUGUCUUCAAUAUAGUGCCAUCAGGGAAAGACUUCAUGGGCAGAGCUCCAGGGCUCCACCAGCAGAAAUAGCAACAGGGCCCCCAGCUAUAACAGAGCUGCCUUAUCAUAUUUUGAGGUAUGUGAAGUUAAUCAAUCAUCUUAAAGUGAACUAGCCAUUCUCGUGUAAAGCAUAGAGAAAUGAGCUGUUUAUCAGAUAUGUGGCCUCUGUGCUUAAUUAAGCUGCCAUGACCUUAUGGGAUCCUUUUUUUAUUACGGUGCAAUCCUAUACAUAUUUACCCAGAAGUUAGCCUCAUUGACUUCAGUGGGACUUACUCCCAGUUAAGUGUUUAUAAGGUGUCUGUAGGCCAGGUGUCACACCCUGCUCCUCCUCUGAAGAGUUCAGAGCAGCUUACAUAUAGUCCCCAUGUGGUCCCAUCCAAGCGGUACUCAAGCCCAAGCUUGCCUCGGAGUGGAACUGUAUCUGCUGUUCUGUAGUCCGCACAUCUGAGGGUUCACUGCUCUGCUAGAAGAAUUCACUCUUAUUUGCAUACCAGAAUGCACAGAUUCCACAACUCAUCUUGCCCUACUCCAAUUGGUUUGUUGAAAAGAGAAUUGUACAUUACUAAAUUUAACCGGGAAUUGUCGCGUUACAAAGAAGGUGCUUCAUUUUUUGAUAGCUGGAUAAUAUUGCCUGUUUAAAGGGAUUCAGUUUAAACUAUGUAAACAUGUAGAUAGUAAAACACAUUGAUGUAUACUAGCUUAUAGCUUUCCCUCUUCUCAGAAAAGGGCAACACUGCACUGUCAUGUUGUAGAAGCAAUUAGCUCCCACUGCACUUUUAUAGCCUCCAGGUUUCUUCUGUGUGCAGCAGAGUGAAAACUUCCUCACACAUAUCAUACCAUUGCAGGAUAAGAAGAAAAUCACUACUGGUUUUGUACUGUUUUAGUUCCUUCGCUACCACCUUCUAGACUCUUGCAUGAGGAUAAAGGCUCCUUGGAGGCUUAAGAAUAAGCAAAUUUUCUCUCAGGCUGGGCUAAAUCAGGAGAUGGGAUUGCCCAUCUUCACCGUUCCUCACCCUCUGACAAAGUCUUUAUAUCCAUCCUAGGGAGAAAUGUACACUGGAGUUCACAUGUACCUUCAAACAGAAUUUUAUAUCAGAAGUCACCUACUCUGGUUUACUUGUGUCUGUUGCAGAAGUGUGGUAAUGUCAGUACUGUUAUUAUCAUUCCAUUAUUAUAGGAUUUAAAAAAGCAAUUAAUUGUAUUUUUACCAUGCCAUUUUAUUGCAGCAUCUUUUUAUCUGCAAAAAACCCAACCCCAGCACUUUUAUGUGUGUGUUUUUUAAAAAAAGAAUAGAUAAAUCAAAGAAAUGAGUUAGUUAACAAGAGUGUUGUGGUCAUUUUAUACACAAAGUAGAGCAUCACGUGGUGUGAUGUUGCUCAUGCAAAGCACUUUGGUGGGAGAUGAUGGCGGUGGAAAUAUGUUUUCUAUCUAUCUCACAUUUUCUUGUAUAUAUUUAUAUACGUUCCUCCUCUUAUAGAGUUGAAUCCCUUAUACCAUAUUGUAUAUCUGGCUGAUUUUACUAUAGUUGGCAUAUAUCUGUUGCAUACUGUAAGGCCUAAAAAGA